GGGUCGGGUGCGUGAUAUUUUCAUUCAAAUCCUAUUUUCAAACGCCCACCAUACUGACUAAAGCUUGAAGCUCCAAGGAGACCUCGCGUUCAUAUUUAAGCUUUCUAAACCCCCUACUCAGGAGGUAGUUGACACUCUGCCACCACUCCACUUCAUUUACAGCCCCAGGCUACCCUUCCUCUCUCUGACCGGAAGCUCAACCUUCUCCGCAAUGACUCCCACUGGAAUUCUCGCCGGUCUCUUCCUCCUUUUAGCCUUGUACUGUGGCAUUGACCCUCUUAAGCACAGUGCUAUCUCAGAAUUCCCAGACUUCAAGGCCGUGAAAGUUGACAUGCCGGACUGGUCAUUGGUUCCUACCGAGAAAGACAAGGAUAACUUACUGCAAAGAUCUGAAAUUAAGUUUCUCAAUCAAGUUCAAGGCCCUGAGAGUAUCGCCUUUGACCCUCUUGGCCGGGGGCCUUACACUGGUCUUGCGGAUGGGAGAAUCGUGUUCUGGGAUGGUCAUAAAUGGAUUGAUUUUGCUUAUACUUCACCUUAUAGAUCAGAAAUUUGCAACCCAAAACCAUCACCUUUGAGUUAUUUGAAGAAUGAGCACAUUUGUGGCAGGCCUUUGGGGCUUCGAUUUGAUAAGAAAACCGGUGAUUUAUACAUUGCUGAUGCAUAUUUUGGGCUGUUGAAGGUGGGGCCAGAAGGUGGCUUGGCAACAUCACUAACAACUGAAGCAGAAGGGAUCCCACUGCAGUUUACCAAUGAUCUAGACAUUGAUGAUCGAGGGAACAUUUAUUUCACAGAUAGUAGCACUCAAUACCAGAGGAGGAACUUCAUGCAAUUGGUUUUUUCUGCCGAUGAUAGCGGGAGGGUUCUAAAGUACAAUCCAAUUACAAAGGAAACCACUGUCCUUGUAAGGAAUCUUCAAUUUCCAAAUGGUGUGUCCUUAAGCAAGGAUGGUACCUUCUUUGUUUUCUGUGAAGGAUCCCUUGGCAGAUUGCGCAAGUACUGGCUGAAAGGCGAGAAAGCAGGGACUUCAGAAGUAUUUGCCAUCUUACCAGGAUUUCCUGACAAUGUCAGGACAAAUGCAGAGGGCAACUUUUGGGUAGCAGUUCACUGUCGUCGUACCUUUUAUAGUUACAUGUGUGCAAGAUACCCUAAACUGAGGAUGUUCUUGCUCAAGCUUCCAAUUCCAACCAAGAUCCAGUACCUGCUUCACAUUGGGGGCCGGCUUCAUGCAGUGGUCGCUAAAUACAGUCCAGAAGGUAAGCUUUUGCAGGUUUUGGAGGACAGUCAGGGGAAGGUUGUCAAAGCAAUUAGUGAAGUGGAAGAGAAGGAUGGGAAACUGUGGAUGGGGAGUGUUCUGAUGCCUUUUGUUGGAGUUUACAAAUUGGCUUGAGGUAGAAGGAAGAUGUCAUUUUAGAAAUAGCUAGUUCCUUGUGCCCUUUCAGUCUUCGUUUGCUGUAGAAUCAUGUUGAAAUGUGUCGCGAAAUUGUGGAAUCUGUUCCAGGGUUUUUACUCAUAAUUUUAGCAAUAUGUGUACUGAUAUCUUCCUUUGCAUUUGAUUUAACUACUUACUAUGUUGUGAA